UUUUUCUUUCUCUUUUGGGGUUUUACCCUUCAAUCUCACAGUGUAGAUCCUGUAGAUUGAGCCUGAUCACUCAUUUGUAGUGUAGAUCAUUACAAGUGGUAUCAAAGACGGUCUUUCCUUGGAUUGAUCAUGGAUGAUGGUAAUAUUAAGGCUUUAGCUGAGCAAUUAGCUACUGUUCUUCGGGUUUAAGAAGUAACAGUAAGGGUUUUAAAAAAUAAACCCUCUCAUGUGCUUUUAACCAAAUGCAAGAAAAUUUUAGCAAGAGAAAUGAAGAAAUUGUUGUUAAUGGAGCGUGAGAUAUAUAUGAGUCAAUCUGUUGAUGAUAAUUGGGAAUCAAAUUAUUGGGAAAGCUUUGAAUUAAUUGGAUCUGUGUUGAAGAAAGUGACGCUAAUGGAGAAAGCAAUCAACGAAAAACUUGAAGAAACUCCUAUUGAUUCAAUUUCAGUAAACGAUUUCACUUCAAAACCUUCACCUCCUCUAGCAACAGACGAAGGUAAUUACCACUCCAGUUUCAAAACCCAUUUUUCAGUUAUUGAUAAAGCUAAAGAUGGCAGUUCAAAUAGCAAUUGUGAAAAAUCAAUACCGUUUCAUCAAAACUUUUCUUCUCACAAAGCCAAAUCAAUUUCUUCCUUCCAUGAUGGGUGUAAAGUGAAUUCACUAUUUCUGGAUUACCAAGAGGGAAUGAUUGAUUUCGGGUUGCUUCAUAUGUGUGCAAGUAGUGAAGAAUGUUUCUAUGGUGGUCUACAUUUUGCUCCAGUGAUAUUCAAUCAUAGAAAGCAGUUUGAAGCUAUUAACAGGUUGUAUUUCGUUACACACCUAACUCAAUUUACUUCGAUAUGUGUUAUUUCAUCUAGUGAUAAGUAUACUAGACUGAUAUUUGAUCGAGGAAGAGAGUGUGAUGAGUCUGUUUCAAUGGAUAAAUACAAUGAUGAUUUUGGUCAUAAACUGAAUCUAGAACUUGGGUGUGUUUUGAAAUUGUUGUUUACUGAUUCUAAUGUGUUUGAAAUUGUUAAAGAUGGUGACGAUUAUUGUGAUAAUGAAUUGUAUGUGAAAAGGACCAAAAGGUCACAAGGAACUGGUAUAAUUGGUAGUAUCUUCACAUCUUUAUGGUUCAACAUGGAUGAAAUUAUGAUGAACCGAGAGCUAACCGAACAAAUGCAUAAUUAUAGAAGAUGUUGUUUCAAUAGUGUUAUAGCUCAUCUAAUCUUACAGUUGAGGCAUGGGUUACUUACUGUAUCGAAAAAUAUGAUAUGUAUGAUCUGGUUUCUUUCAUUUAGUACAUUGUCUAACUAUGUUCAGGACAAUAUUGCAUCUCUAUUCCUGUAUCUUCAAGGUCUGGAUUAUGGAUGUAGGGUGUUCGACCGCGGCAAGGAUUUUCAGUAUAGGAGCUACUCUUGCUACUCUUGCUUUGCCAUGGUAUUCUUUCAUCAAGAUACAAUGGGUUUUGUGUUUGCUGAAGAGAGUGCAAUAAGUGAUUCUAGCAAGAUGUUUGUUGAAUUUUCGCGGCAAAGUGAUAUAUCGAAGAUUCUUGGGAGAAUUUUAAGAGAUAACAUCAGAUUUCUUUCACUAAAUACUGUAGCUACAAUCUAUCAUGGGGUAUGUAAAGUGCAACUUCGAGCUUCUCCUUAUCAUGUGUUACUGUCCUUGGAUGCUUGUGGCGUUGGUUUUGAUCAAAUAUUUAUGGAAGCUUAUACUUCAGCUAUCUUCUAUGGUGAAUCGUUGAAGCUUCACUUUGUUAUGAAUGGACAGGGACAAGGCUCACAGAUUAUUUGGAUGACACUAAAACUAUCUAAGAUUCUUUUGCUGACUCUUACAAUUGUGAGACGAUUAGUCUAUCCUUUGAGCUGGAGUUGUACAGGUCCUUCACAAGAGAUCUAUAAAAACAUUCAAGUUCGACACAAGAGUAAUCAGGCAAUUCAUUAUCCAUAUUGGUUUGUAUUUUCCACUUACACAUAUUUCCUAACUUGUUGUGAUCGACCAUUGAGGGUCUAUAGAGGGUCGGAUUACCGGGCCAGAAUUCCAUUAUAUCGAGAUGCUAAAGGGGAUGUAUUGUUGAUUGUUCUGAAGAAGGAUGUAUAUAUGCUGGUUAACUUCUUGGUUUCUAUCACUUAUCUCUCAAGAAUAGGCAAAGAUUAUAGUUAUCUCUCCUGUGAACUUGUAUGGAGGACGGGAAUUCAGUUCAUGCUCGUGGUAGAUCAAAAUCCAGAGGUGAUAUUAUUGAUGGUCUCCUUGGAACGUGCAUUAAAAUUAUUUCCUACCGGUUUAUGUAGUGUGAGAACUCUCUUCAGACUGCAUGGAAGGGUGGUGGGAAUGCAUUUCUUUUUACACUGCUCAUUACCUGCACCGGUGCCCUUUGGAGUUGUCAAGGUUCUAGAGGAAGUUGAAAUGUUAAAGAUGUAUCCGAGAAUGAUGGAUCUUCGGUUACUGUUCACUGUGCUAAUUGAUGUUUUUAAGAAACUCCUAGCAAUUCUCACACGUCUAAGGAGUGGUAACUGUAGCACCACAGCUGGAGUUUCUGGAGAUGAAAUUCUUUUGAAUCAUUUAUGGAGUUUGUGGUACUCGCCAACAUAUCAUUAUAGCUGGACAGAAAUUCCUGUUACGGAGGAGAACUCGUUUGUGGGAGUUUACAUUCAGACUGUACAAAAAUUUGUGGAUCAAGAGUGGAGGACUACAAAGGACAAGGAAGCAGUGCUACUCAGAGAGGAUUUAACUGCGGCGCCACUCCAACAUCAUUUCUCGCUGAUGCUAGUGCAAAAAUUCACUUCCGUAGCCAUUCCAGGGUGCAUGGGAACCAUAUCCACUGGUCUUGUUGUAAGUAAUACUUCUAACAGUAUUUACGAAGCUCAGUUCGAUGGUGUAUUGGUGCACACUCAAGGUCAGGUUGCAAAUUUUAUUUGGCCUGCAGCAACAUCGUGCCUCACUGAAGUUUAUGCUGUUACUUUUUUCAUAAAAUUCACAUAUGAGGUUAAGGUAUUUACUGCAGUUGGUGAACCACUAGAAUGGCUUGCAUUCAAGUGUUCUGUUCCUUGUCAGUUCCUGAAGCUUCGGCAAUUCAAUGAAUAUUAAGUCGAGACUGACAUUACCAGAACAACGUUUAAGGCAUUCACUCUCAAGCAACUGGUUGUACCAUUUCAGUGUUGUACUUCCGCAAGUCAUAAAGGAAGGGGUUAUGCAGUAAUUUACACAGAGAUAGUGACAAACUCCAAGAUGAUCACACUAAUGUCAGGUCCGUUGGUUGAUUAUGAGGUGAGAACUGCAACCAAGAACAAGCAUUGCAUUUUGCACGAGAGGAGACAGUUGGUUAUGGAGGAGGGUGUAACAAGAGUAGUCACUGGCUGGCUGGCCCACAGAUAUGUGUUAGAGGGUGCUACAACUACCUGGCUGUCCCACAGAUAGAAGGUCACUUUGGGCUACAAAAUAAAAUAUUUUCACCUGGACGAGUUACAAGCAAUGACUCUCUAUCUCUCUAGCUGGUUUGCUUGAUCCUCAUCCUUGAGGACAAGGAUGAUUUGCAGGGGUGGGUAUUUGUCAUGUCCCGGUUAUGGGUUGUACACUGUUAUGGACAAACCUUAUGCUAUCUAGUAAAACUAGUAGCAGGCGCGUGUGUGUGGCAUGUGCCAACGCAAGUCUUCUUUUCCCUUAUAAGCCUUGAGAGUCUGUAACUGGAAUCAUCAAAUAGAAUUGUUUUGUUUGUGUUCU